GUCGAAGACAAAACAUAUUAUUUGAUAUAAUAUAAUAUUAUAUAUAUGUAUAUUUCGUUAUUCAAUAAUAUUCGUUUUCUUGUUCGCUCACUCAUUCUCUGAAUCAUAUGUCGUGAUAAAGAUUAAAGACGCAGUUUAUUAGUAUUUAUAGUUAUUACGAAAACAGAAAAGUUACGGUCAGUGUGGCGACAGGCGACUACCGGCUGUUUAGAGAUUAGUGAGAGAAGUACAAGGUAGUCGUCUUAAUUUUUAAUUCGAUCAGAAGUGUGUUCAGGUCAUUCAGUGUUUGCAGCUCACGGUUUCUUGAUAGUCCAUUGCCACUACACAUCACCAUGUCUUACGCGUACCUUUUUAAAUACAUCAUAAUCGGAGACACAGGAGUGGGCAAAUCGUGUCUCCUGUUGCAGUUCACUGACAAGAGAUUCCAGCCCGUCCACGAUCUGACCAUCGGCGUCGAAUUUGGUGCACGUUUGGUGGCCAUCGAAACCAAACCUAUCAAAUUGCAAAUAUGGGACACUGCUGGCCAAGAAGCUUUCCGAUCUAUCACACGGUCUUAUUAUCGUGGUGCAGCUGGUGCAUUAUUGGUGUAUGACAUCACUCGUCGAGAUACUUUCAAUCAUUUGACAACGUGGUUAGAAGACGCUAGACAACAUUCCAAUUCCAACAUGGUCAUUAUGCUAAUUGGCAACAAAAGUGACUUGGAAGCAAAACGGGAAGUCAAGAAAGAAGAAGGUGAAGCAUUUGCUCGAGAACAUGGAUUGGUAUUUAUGGAAACAUCUGCUAAAACUUCUGAUAAUGUAGAAGAAGCCUUCAUAAACACUGCUAAAGAAAUAUAUGAAAAAAUUCAAGAGGGAGUAUUCGAUAUCAAUAACGAGGCAAAUGGUAUUAAAAUUGGACCACAACAUUCAACUGGUAACAACAGUAUACCUGGCGGAAAUAAUCGAUCCAAUGGCAAUGGUUGUUGUUAACUAGUUUUGAAGGUCAACUAAAUAAUAUUAAAUUUGCAAUUUUGAUAUUAUUGCUUUCCACGUGGGUUAUACUUUUUUUUUUUUUUGAGUGAAUUGUAUUAAUAUUUAUUAAUAGACCAAGCUCUAUACCAUUGAAAUUAGUGUUGCAAAUAUAUCUAUUUAUAUAAUUAAAUUACUUAUUGGUACUUAUAUGAUGAUGGUUUGGUUGUAAAAAUAUUUUAAGUCAUAAAUGUAUAACCCAUAAAUAAUUAAAAAAAAUAUUCUUAUACACUUUA